CAGCCCAGCAAACGUGUGGAUGGGAGAUGCUAGCAAGUGAUUAGUUAGUUAAAAAAAAAAAAUAACACACACCCCCAAGCGUGGCAAGGGAUGCGACGAGCGGGGUGGGUGAACCAGAGCAAGGAACUCCUCCACGCGGGUUGCGGCCGAGUGAGGGAAUGCAUUUAGUUUGCACCAACAUGGCGGCUGCCUUCCGAGCUGCCAGCCGAGCCUGGCACCCAUUUGCAAGAAGCAACACCUGUGGUCAGCUGAGAGCCCAGUUGCCGUGGAGAUGUCAGUCAACAGCAGCGGCGGCGGUCGAGGUGAAGAAGACAAAGCCUCAGGUUCAACCUGAAAAAAGGAAGCCCAAAACAGGCAUCUUGAUGUUGAACAUGGGAGGACCAGAGACUCUGGAAGAUGUCCAUGAUUUCCUCCUCAGACUUUUCCUUGACAGAGACCUAAUGACGCUUCCAGUCCAGAAUAAGCUGGCACCUUUCAUUGCAAAGCGACGCACUCCUAAAAUCCAGGAACAAUAUAGUCGGAUUGGUGGAGGAUCGCCAAUUAAGAAAUGGACGGCUACUCAGGGAGAAGGCAUGGUGAAACUGCUGGACGAAAUGUCUCCUCAUUCUGCCCCUCACAAGUAUUACAUUGGUUUCCGCUACGUCCAUCCCCUGACGGAAGAAGCCAUUGAAGAGAUGGAGGAAGACGGGGUUGAGAGAGCCGUCGCUUUCACACAAUAUCCACAGUAUAGUUGCUCCACCACAGGGAGCAGUUUAAAUGCUAUUUAUCGGUACUACAGCACAAAAGGGGAGAAGCCCAAGAUGAAGUGGAGCACAAUUGACAGGUGGCCGACACAUCCGCUUCUCAUUCAGUGCUUUGCAGACCACAUACAGAAGGAGCUGUCCCUUUUCCCACCUGAUCGAAGGAAAGAUGUUGUUAUUCUUUUUUCUGCUCACUCUCUACCAAUGUCUGUAGUUAAUCGUGGCGAUCCAUAUCCUCAAGAGGUGGGAGCAACUGUUCAAAGAGUUAUGGAGAAGCUCAACUAUUCCAACCCAUAUAGACUUGUUUGGCAAUCCAAGGUUGGCCCGAUGCCCUGGUUGGGCCCUCAGACAGAUGAGACCAUCAAAGGCCUUUGUGAGAGAGGAAAGAAAAACAUCUUGUUGGUUCCAAUAGCAUUUACUAGUGACCACAUUGAAACACUGUAUGAGUUGGACAUUGAAUAUGCCCAGGUCUUAGCCAAUGAGUGUGGUGUUGAAAACAUCAGAAGAGCAGAAUCUCUUAAUGGAAAUCCACUGUUUGCCAAGGCCUUGGCAGAUCUGGUCUAUUCACAUCUCCAGUCAAAUAAAAUAUGUUCUACGCAGUUAACGCUCAGCUGCCCAUUGUGUGUGAAUCCCACUUGCCGAAAGGCAAAAGCAUUCUUUACCAGUCAAGAGUUGUGAAGGUGUAUCUGCAGAGAAGUGGACUCGAGGCCUCUGUGGAGCAACCCCCGUGGAUCCUGCAAAGCGUGCUGACAGCUUCUGCUUUCCUCGGCCCUUUGGUCCAUCUGACAUACAGUGUUUUGCCUUCUGUGUGGAAGUGGAUCCCAAGUGGCAUUUGCACUGGCAUGAAAGAGGGACGGACUUGAAACCUUUCUUCUUUCCUUUGUUCCCUUCCUCUUUCGUUCUUUUACCAAAGGCUCUCAUAUUGGGAGGGAAGUUGCAUUUCAAGGGCUUCAUCCUUUGGGUUGCUGAGAACACUUGUCUUCCUAUAAAACUGAUAGGCAUUCGGGGGCUCUUAGCACCCCACAGUAUCAAGCCUACUUCAGGUGCUGAACCAUAAGCAAAAGGCUUAGGACAGGCUCCUCACUGUGAACUGCAAAUACUGGAGUAAGAUCUGGCUCCGUCACUGAUUCAGCAAUGACAUUGAAUAGCCGGUGAGUAAAUUAGGAACUGGUGCCUCCUUUCAAGAGCUUUUGGUCUUACUCCAGAGAUUUGGGUCUUCGGGUGGCAGUCUUGACCUCUUCGCAGAAAGCUCUUGAAUGUCGGACCUUGGAAAGGUUACUUUUCCAGACUGAACUAUCCCUAGUCCUUCAGUUACCAUGAACAAUGAUGAUGGAAUUUUGGGACUCAUUAUCUAAAAUCUCUCCAAGCUCUGCUUAAAUAUGCAUUCGUCAUUUUAAAAAUUCAUGUCAGUCCUUCCAUGUAAGAGAUUUACUACUUUUGUGGGUUUUUUUUAAACUGAGCACUGUCGCUAACACACUUGACUAGCCUGCUGCUCAUAUUUUUUUUUCCAAAAUGGAGUUUGAUGAUCAAGUCAUAUCAGGUUGUUUUUAAACUAAGCUUUUCUUUAUAAAUGAGAAAUUACUUUUUGUGGGAGGGGGUUGUCUUCUCCUUUCCACAGUGCAGAACAACUUAGCAAGGCUCUGUUUCCUUGGACCACAAAGUACUCCAAACUAUAUUUACAUAAUUUGAUUUGUUUGAAAGUUCAGUUAUUAUAGCGUUUGUAUGAAGGAAAGGUUUGUUGGGAAGUGCACUAUGGAAAGGAAGUGCUGUGCCUUCUGAUUUGUAGCUGAAGUUGUUUGGAUGAACAUCAAGGAUGAGGCUCAUGGAGAUGCUUUCAGUCAUGCAGGAGGCUAGUUCAUCCCCGUGAGGAAUGGUUGGUCAUCCAGAUGUUUUGCAGUUCACCUCUCAGGAGCUCUAAUUAGUGUGGCUUAUGGUAAAGGAUGCAUCCGGGCCCUCAAAAUUUCUCUGCCACUGUUGGCCCUGUGAAUUGAGAUUAAUCUUAGCAUCUUCUGAGACGACUUGACAAGACCUGUGAACAGGUUGUAUGGAUCACUGUUUAAUAUGGAAGCCUUCCAUGUAUAUAUGUUGCAGUAGUUGUGCAUCAAUCAAGUAAUUUUCAUAAACACUAGUGAUUGUACUGUUACACAAGAAAAGAUGGAAGCAUGUGUAGAUUGACAUCGCUGGGGAAUGCGGCCCAUUAAAAAUGGGUAAUUAGAGAAAGGAAAUCAACCAGAGAGGUCUUCAGUGUAUAGUUUUCUUGUAACCACUCUUAUGUUACUCUGAGAAAAAGCAUAGUCCCCACGAGAGGAGAAUGUGCAUGGUGAACAUACAGUCUGAUGAACAUUAUUCAUUUUUACAUCUUAUGUGUUAUUUGAAGACUAUGCAUAUGAUCUGGGGACUGUGAAAAGACUCUUCUAUGCCACCUGUAAACAUUCCCAAUGAUAAUGUUUAGUUACAAUCAUGAGUGUUUAUGCACUUAACUGCAAAUGUAUAUGUCUAUGUUUGUUGGAGGGGGUUUGCGAUCUUUACAACUAACUGGACCUGUCCAGAAAUGGUGGCUCACCUUAUGAGACUGCUUGUGUUUGAGAAUGUGUCCCUUUUCUAGGGAUGAUCUGUAAGCAAGGUGUCAGAUUUGGUAAAUGUUGGCAUUUUAUUGGUAGUUCUAGAGAUUUUAGGAGGCCCAGUGGUAAGUGCCUGAAAUGCUUUUGAGAUUUUAUACUAGGUGAGUGAUAGAACGAAGGAUGAGAUUUGAGCAUUUGGAUAGUAGGGCACUUUGAGAUUUGCUGGUAAAUGUCAAGAUUUACUAUAGUUCUAUCAUUCUCUUAAAUUCUAAGAAUCACCAGUACAGUAUAAGUAAAUACAUUUGUUGAAUGUUUGACACUUAACUACAAUAUGUACAGCCGACCUAUCAGUGAAAGUUGCUUAAGAAGCAGACCCACUAAUGUCAACUGUUUCAAUGAAGUAGCUGUGCAGAGCAAAUAAAAAUGUAGAUCAGUUGUUAUAUUUCUGUGUGAGUGUUCACAGGUCAAGUGUCUGAGGAAGUGGACAUAAUCCAUGAAAGUUAACUUGAAAAUGUAGCAGUCUUUAAGGUGCGACUACAUUAAAAAUAUAUAUAUUUUUUGCUUUUAUCUGGAUAUAUUUUGGAACUGACAGUUGUCACGGCGCACAAUGCAGCUGCGAGGGGUCUCGUCCCUGUGACCAGCAUUCUGUUCCUCAUGAAGAGCUUCCUUCACUUUUGAACAAGUGAGAAUAUGAGGCUCCUCUACAGAGCUGCUUUAUAGAUCUGCUUAUUGCUUUUCCAGCUGUCAAGCCACUAUGGUUUUUGUGGGAUUUCUUUGGCUGCAAAUUGAUUUAGAUUUAAUUCCUGUUGUCAAUUAAACCUCAGAUGAUCUAUUAA